CCGCUCUGCGUUGACAGUGCCGGGCGACACCCGGGUCGCGCCGCUCGCCUGCGAGCCGGGCAGAGCCGUCAGCGUCCGUCGGGAGAGUGAAGGCUCGCAACGCCCAGCCCGGGGGAAGGUAAAGCGCCGCGCCCGGGGCUGCGCGGUUUGCACCGCCAGGCCGAGGGCCGGGGGCCAGAAGACAAGAGAGACGGCGAGGCGUGCUCCCUGCCCGGCAGCGACUCGGAGGUAGGUGAUGCUCUGAUGCUGCUGCCUCUUAUGAAUUGACGACGGGUGCAGAGAGAGAAUAAACUGUGUCUAAGACUGGACCAGAGAGUGAGUGUGCUGGAAGCCACCAUAGGAGCAAGCGACCUGUUUGGCAAGGAAUACAGCAUCCUUCUGAGAGCCUCUUCUCAACAUUAUCCCACAGACCAGGACUUCCUCAUGGGAAAGAGCACUUAGGAUCUUGCUAUCAGCUGCCCUAAACUUUUGCUGAGCCAAAAUAAGACUUUUGAUGCAGAACUGAACAAGAUAUUUCAUUUUUGUGUCUUUUAAUCUUCCUGGUUGCAGUCUUAGUUGUUCAGCCCUGAGAAUUUUGAGCCACAUUUGUUGCUAUUAUUUUUGCAUGCACUUUUCAAAAUGAUUGACUUAAGCUUCCUGACUGAAGAGGAACAAGAGGCCAUCAUGAAGGUUUUGCAGCGGGAUGCUGCUCUGAAGAGGGCCGAAGAAGAGAGAGUCAGACAUUUGCCUGAAAAAAUUAAGGAUGACCAGCAGCUGAAGAAUAUGAGUGGCCAAUGGUUUUAUGAAGCCAAGGCAAAAAGGCACAGGGACAAAAUCCAUGGCGCAGAUAUCAUUAGAGCAUCUAUGAGAAAGAAGAGGCCCCAGGUAGCAGCUGAGCAGAGUAAAGACAGAGCAAAUGGGGCAAAGGAAAGCUGGGUGAAUAAUGUCAACAAAGAUACUUUCCUUCCUCCAGAGCUGGCUGGCGUUGUAGAAGAGCCAGAAGAAGAUGCAGCACCAGCAAGCCCGAGUUCCAAUGUGGUAAAUCCAGCUUCCACUGUGAUUGAUAUGUCCCAGGAAAACACAAGGAAACCAAAUGUGUCUCCAGAGAAGCAGAGGAAGAAUCCGUUUAAUAGCUCCAAGUUGCCAGAAGGUUACUCGUCACAACAAACUAAAAAUGAACAGUCAAAAAAUGGAAGAACUGGUUUAUUUCAGACUUCAAAAGAGGAUGAAUUGUCAGAGUCAAAAGAAAAGUCAACUGUCGCAGAUACUUCAAUCCAAAAGUUAGAGAAAUCAAAGCAGACUUUGCCAGGCCUUUCAAAUGGGUCCCAAAUCAAGGCUCCAAUCCCCAAAGCCAGGAAGAUGAUCUACAAAUCGACUGAUUUAAACAAAGAUGAUAACCAGUCUUUUCCUAGACAAAGGACAGACUCCCUGAAAGCGAGAGGGGCUCCAAGAGGGAUCCUCAAGCGCAACUCCAGUUCCAGUAGCACAGACUCAGAAACCCUUCGUUAUAAUCACAACUUUGAACCCAAAAGCAAAAUUGUGUCACCUGGCCUAACCAUCCAUGAGAGAAUUUCUGAGAAGGAGCAUUCUUUAGAAGACAACUCUUCCCCAAACUCCCUGGAGCCAUUAAAGCAUGUGAGAUUCUCUGCAGUGAAGGAUGAGCUUCCACAGAGUCCUGGGCUAAUCCAUGGCCGGGAAGUAGGAGAAUAUAGUGUUUUAGAAUCUGACAGAUUGAAAAAUGGAACGGAAGAUGCAGGGGACACAGAAGAGUUUCAGAGUGACCCUAAGCCUUCUCAAUACAGAAAGCCUUUGCUUUUUCAUCAAUCAGCCUCAAGCCCAAAUGUAUCAAAAAGUGAAACACAUCAGCCAAUGACUUCUGGUUCUUUUACAAUUAAUGGGCUGCAUUCUCAUUCAGAAGUUUUAACUGCAAGACCACAGUCCAUGGAGAAUUCACCAACCAUCAGUGAACCCAAAGAUAAAUCAUCAGAAUUAACAAGGCUUGAAUCUGUAUUACCCAGAAGCCCUGCUGAUGAACUGUCUCAUUGUGUUGAGCCUGAGCCGUCUCAGGUGCCAGGUGGCAGUUCUAGAGAUCAUCAGCAAGGUAAGCCCCCUCCUCUCCCAGCUCUAAAAGCUAAGACAUCACAUUCUGGUCCAUAUGCCACUGAGAUAAAGAAGUCAACUGAUGAUUCCAUAUUUAAAGUUCUAGACUGGUUUAACCGAAGUUCUUAUUCAGAUGACAAUAAGUCAUUCCUCCAACAUCCCCGAGGAAUAGAAAGAAAAACAGACUCAAAAUCACAGGUUGCUACUGACUUGGUGACAGAUGACACUACUUUAAAAGAAAACGGCUCAAAGAUCCUAUCAUCCAGCAAAAUUGAAUUGAAGCCUGUGAGAUCUGAUUCAACAUUCCAAGUAGAGGGAGAUAUGCUGGUUUCUGAAAGUUGCCAAGAUGAUAAUGUGAAUAUCAAAUCCAAAUUCAUGAAUUUGUCCCAACAAGGCACCCCAAAGGAAGGCCCAGGUAUAUUGCAACCAUUUGAAAGCUAUGGCACCCCAAGUCAAGGGAGUAAAAAUGUGGACUAUAGCCAAGAUUCAAAAAGCAUAGGAAAAGGGAAUGGGGUAUCUCCUUCAAAUAGUAACUAUUCCUAUAGUGUUCUCAAGGAAUCUGAUGCAGAAAACCAAGUUCCAUGCAACACUAAUGAUAUUGGCAACUUGGGUGAAGAAGAACCCAAGUUUCAUGCUGAUAAAGAAAAUAGAGGACACUCGGAAGUGAAUUUUGACUCUUCAACAAUUGUCAAAGAACCAAGUUUGAAAGAUAACAUGAAAGCAGAGAGAAAGAGCAAAGUAGGAAAUACCUAUAUCCUGAAAGCUUCCUUAGAGCCAGAGAAUAUUAAGUCAACACCUGGGGUUGCCAACAAUGGCUCUCCUUGGAAGAAGCCUGAGGUCCAAUUCCAGCAAGAAGCUGGUGAGGUUCCCAAGAACCAAGUGCAGAGAGAGAAAUACAAAAGAGUGAGUGACAGAAUAUCCUUUUGGGAAGGAGAGAAAGCUGCUGCUAAGAUAACUCAUAAAGAACCCACAUCUUCAUGUAGCCAGGAACAACCUUCUGCUAAAGCAUAUCAGCCUGUGAAGAAGUCACAGGGUGUAUCAUCCAUGGACAGUUUAUCUACAGACCAUAGUGAAUAUAAUCAGGUGAUUCCCAAACGAGUGGUCCUAGAUGAGGAUGAUCAAGCAUCCCAGCUCUCCAAUUCUUAUUCCUCAAAUAAAUCUAAAGAGACCAAGCCACAAAUAGCAGGUCCAUCCAGAAACUGUCUUUCAGCUGAGCAAUCAGAUAAAGUGUCUCUGUUUCAGAAUAAGAAAAAUGAGCCUAUAAAAAGGUCACAAGUGGCAGACAGUUUGCCUUCUAGAAGAAACAUUACUUUACCAGCACUGCAACAUCCCUCAAAUGUUGGGAGUGAACGACAUGCUCCUUUGGAGAAAGACAGACCUCUAGUUCAUGAAUCAAAUGCCAACUUUAAAGUUAUGUCCCUAAAAGAAAGAAUGGAUGAACCCAGUGCAGAACAGGUCUAUAAUCCCUCUCAGUUUGAGAAUUUGAGAAAGUUUUGGGACUUAGAAGCUAAUUCAAACAGUAAGGAUAAUGACAAGAAUAUUACCACAACAAGCCAAAAAAAUUCUGCGCCUUUUAAUAGGCAGAAACACAAGGAAUUCAGCGACAUUAAAUUAUCAGGUAAAAAUACCCAUGGAGCAGAGGUGCUUCUAAGCCCAAAAAAAGUUAUGGCAAGAGAGGAAAUGGAGAAAUUAAAUUCAAAGGGCAUACUCCAGGUCCUACCAGAUGAAAUCGCAUUUCCUUUGGGUCCACUUAGAAAGUAUACUCAUCAGUUGCCAGGAAAUGAGUCAUCAAAGGAAAACGUGGAAAAGAAUACAGAAGGGAUUGUUACUCCAGUGUUUAAGGAAGAAAAGGAUUACUCAGACCAAGAGAUUCAAGAAUCCAUAGUAAAAACCAAUGUUUUGUCUAAAGACUACAAAGACACUUUUAAUGACAGCUUGCAGAAACUGCUUUCAGAAGCCUCAACACCAGCAAUUCAACCCUCUGGUGGAAAAGUUCAUGGAAAACAAGUGCUUGAACCAAGUGUUUCUGAAAAUAGGACAUGGCCUCAAAAAACAGAUUUUGCUGAUACUGAGGAAGAAGUCAAAGGACCUGAGAAGAUCAUUAAUGAGCAUGUUGACAAAACAGUAGUUCAUCCAAAGGUUAAACGGAACUCUUUGACUGCUAGUCUAGACAAACUCCUGAAGGAAGCAACUGGAACUUCACCCUCUCCCUUGCAAACCAAGUUGGCGCCCGUUAUCACUGGAACCAACUCUAAGCUGGAAGAGGGAAGAUUUUUUGGAAAAGGGAUAGAACAGAGUCACAAUACUUCAGCUGAUAAGAGAGAAAUACUAGCUCCUUUUCCAGUGAGAGAUGAAACUUUUGGAAAUACAGCUCUCCCCAAGAAAGCUGAAAGUGGUGAGUGCCAGCUAAGCACAGAGAAUUUGAUUCCGAUGGCUGCAGAAGAUUCUCAUCCAUUGGAUCCAACUUCCCAGCUUUCCAGAAAGGGUUCUUUUGGGGAUGUGGCCAACCCUCCCCAAGAUAUGCUUUUUCCCCAGGAUGCUCAUCUUGUUCCCCAGGCUAGGGCACACCCUUCUCAAACGGAAAUUUUGGAGACUGUAGAGAAAGUCAUUCUUCCACCCAGACCUGUAUUGAAUGAUGUAAAUGCUGCAUUACAGAAGCUGUGUAGAGAAGUAUGGUUAAGUUAUCCAGCUGGAAGGGAAGUAGGUCCUGGAGAAGUGAACCCAGAAUUUCCUGAAGCAGUACAGGCAGUAGGUAGCCCCCUAAAUCUUCCAGGAGUGAUAUCACCAUGGGCUACGAUGGACACCAUAGUUCCAGACAGGAAGGAUUUUUAUUCCUCCAAUGUAGUUCCUGAUAAAACUCACGAAGUUGGAUCUUAUUUAGCUGCCCAAAUGUCUCUAUCAGACCAGACGCUUAGCUCAUUUGCUUCCAUUGUUGCUCAGUAUGGCAAAGACCUACCUCAGGAGGUGGAAGAAAUUGUGAGGGAAACAAUUAUUCAACCCAAAUCAGAGUUCCUCAAAUUCAGUGCUGGCUUAGAAAAACUACUGAAGGAAGCAACUGAAACCUUCCACUCAAAAUAUGAAAGCGGUACAGGGAAUCUUUCUCCAUCAAAGUUAAUAGGUAGUACAAAGGAGCCCAGGCAAGCCACUUCUGAAUUCCAUCCUGAGGAAUUAAAAGAAACAGUAGAAAAGGCUGAGUCUCCAUUAAUAACUGAGAGUGCUUUUGAUGCUGGUUUUGAGAAACUUCUUAAAGAAAUAACUGAAGCUUCUCCUUAUCAGCCCCAGGUGUCAGUGAGAGAAGAAACUCAUGAGAAGGAGUCCUCACAGUCAGAGCAGAACAGGUUCUUGGGGACAGUGCCUCAUUUUUACAGGGCAGCCUCACAGACCUCUGAAAUGAAGGCUAAAAGUAAUGGUUUGGAAUCUCAAGUCAACCAAUGUGAUAAAAUGUUGGGAGGAGACGCACUUGUGACUGAUUUAUUGGUAGAUUUUUGUGGUUCCAGAAGUGGAGUUGAGAUCCCUAGAACCCCACAACUUCAUGUGGCUCAUGAAAUAGGGACCAUUAAAACUGUAAACCCCCCAGAGGACAGGGACAGUGAAAGUAGGGUUGCAGGGGGACAAGGGACUUCUCAGGAACCUGGCUUUGGAGAGGCUUCUGAAGCAAUUAGUGUGUCCGGAAAUAGGCAACCCAUUCCUCUCCUGAUGAACAAAGAAAACUCUACAAAAACAAGUAAAGUUGAAUUGAUUCUAGCAUCGCCAUAUAAGAAACAAGAGAAAGAGGAAGAAAAAGAAGGUUUCUCUGAGUCUGAUUUUUCAGAUGGAAACACCAGUUCUAAUGCAGAGAACUGGAGAAAUCCUUCCAGUUCAGAAGAAGAACCCAGUCCUGUUUUGAAAACUUUGGAAAGGAGUGCUGCUAGGAAAAUGCCUUCCAAAAGUCUAGAAGACAUUUCAUCAGAUUCAUCAAAUCAAGCAAAAGUAGAUAAUCAGCCAGAAGAAUUAGUGCGUAGUGCUGAAGAUGAUGAGAAAGCAGAUCAGAAGCCAGAUACAAAUGAAUGCAUACCAAGAAUUUCCACAGUGCCUACACAACCUGAUAAUCCAUUUUCUCACCCUGACAAACUCAAAAGGAUGAGCAAGUCUGUUCCAGCAUUUCUCCAAGAUGAGAGUGAUGACAGAGAAACAGAUACAGCAUCAGAAAGCAGUUACCAGCUCAGCAGACACAAGAAGAGCCCGAGCUCUUUAACCAAUCUUAGCAGCUCCUCUGGCAUGACAUCCUUGUCUUCUGUGAGUGGCAGUGUGAUGAGUGUUUAUAGUGGAGACUUUGGCAAUCUGGAAAUUAAAGGAAAUAUUCAGUUUGCAAUUGAAUAUGUGGAGUCACUGAAGGAAUUGCAUGUUUUUGUGGCCCAGUGUAAGGACUUAGCAGCAGCAGAUGUAAAAAAACAGCGUUCAGACCCAUAUGUAAAGGCCUAUUUGUUACCAGACAAAGGCAAAAUGGGCAAGAAGAAAACACUCGUAGUGAAGAAAACCUUGAAUCCUGUGUAUAACGAAAUACUGCGGUAUAAAAUUGAAAAACAAAUCUUAAAGACACAGAAACUGAACCUGUCCGUUUGGCAUCGGGAUACAUUUAAGCGCAAUAGUUUCCUAGGGGAGGUGGAACUUGAUUUGGAAACAUGGGACUGGGAUAACAAACAGAAUAAACAAUUGAGAUGGUACCCUCUGAAGCGGAAGACAGCACCAGUUGCCCUUGAAGCAGAAAACAGAGGUGAAAUGAAACUAGCUCUCCAGUAUGUCCCAGAACCAGUCCCUGGUAAAAAGCUACCUACAACUGGAGAAGUGCACAUCUGGGUGAAGGAAUGCCUUGAUCUACCACUGCUAAGGGGAAGUCAUCUAAAUUCUUUUGUUAAAUGUACCAUCCUUCCAGAUACAAGUAGGAAAAGUCGCCAGAAGACAAGAGCUGUAGGGAAAACAACCAACCCUAUCUUCAACCACACUAUGGUGUAUGAUGGGUUCAGGCCUGAAGAUCUGAUGGAAGCCUGUGUAGAGCUUACUGUCUGGGACCAUUACAAAUUAACCAACCAGUUUUUGGGAGGUCUUCGGAUUGGCUUUGGAACAGGUAAAAGUUAUGGGACUGAAGUGGACUGGAUGGACUCUACUUCAGAGGAAGUUGCUCUCUGGGAGAAGAUGGUAAACUCCCCCAAUACUUGGAUUGAAGCAACACUGCCUCUCAGAAUGCUUUUGAUUGCCAGGAUUUCCAAAUGACCCCAAAUUCCACUGGCUCCUCCACUGAAACUACUAAGCUGGUGGAAUCUGAUCUUGAAAAUCUGAGUAGGUGGACAAAUAUCCUCACUUUCUAUCUAUUGCAACUAAGGAAUACUACACAGCAUGUAAAAGUCAAUCUGCAUGUGCUUCUUUGAUUACAAGGCCCAAGGGAUUUAAAUAAUAACAAAAUGUGUAAUUUGUGACUCCAACAUUAAAGAAGAUAUUUGAACAAGCUAGGAAAAUUGAAUUUCUGCUGCUGCUUCAAAGAAAAAGCUGCCCCAGGGCAUUAAACAUGGGGUAUUGUUAACAAGCAAAAUGUUCUUGUUUGCCAUCAUGUGUUUCACACCACAAUUCUGUGCCACAGUUAAGAGGCUCUGGUACCCUUGCAGGAUCUUUGUAGGUUGUGGGGAAAAAGUAGCAGAAAGAUACUCAAAGUGGAGCGGGGAAUGGAGACAGAACAUCAGUGAUGAUAAAAAAAAAAAAAAUGGACCUUAAGAAACGAUUUACUCUGUAAUCUCUAAUAAAAUAUGGAAUUCCAUAUUAGGGCAAUGAGACUGAAUUUACUGGUGUUUUUCUGCCUUGAGAAAACAGGCAGUUAAAACAAGCCUCAAAUGUAUUUUAGUGCCACCCACUGGCUGUAGGUAAAAUUCAGUUGUUGGCUUGUUUUAACUUAAUUCUAAAAUAGGUCUCAAGCCUGUAUUUUUAUGAGUUUAUUUUUUUAAAACCCUGCAUAUAUAUGAUUGUUUUUCUUAUAACUUUACUAUAUGAAAGCAGCAUAAGAGUAGUCACAAACAUGUUUUGCAACAAAGUUUUAAUUAGAAUGUAAGUUGUUCAGUUAUAUUGUACUUCUUAUGUAUGUAAAAUUUUCAUAAAGUAUUUUGUAAAAACCCUUAGAAUAAAUUAUCAUUUGAUUUAAAUUGUAUUAGAAAAUUAGCCUGACUUCUCAUUUUAAAUAAAAUAUUUUAGGAAUUCUAAACAUCUAAA